UCGCGGGCCGGGCGCGCGGGGCCGGGCGCUCGGGGGCGUGGGCGGCGCUGACGCGGCGUUCCUUCCCGCAGCGCUCGCGUGGUUCUCGAGGCCCGCGGCGGCGGAGGAGCCGGGAGCGGGCGGGGCCGCCCGGGACGCCGAGGAGGACGAGACCGAGGCCGAGAUCAUCCGGCUGCUGAAGCGAGCCAAGGUUGCCUGCUCCUCGGUUGGGUCGCCUGCCGCCCGAUGCCCGCAGUGUUCAGGGGGGCCUUUCCACGCCGCAGGGCGCCACCGACGCGCCCUCUGCACCGGGAGGCGCUGCCUGCCUCUCCGAUGAACUGGCCGCAAACCAACCUGAAUUUAAAUUCCUCCCAGCACAUUUCCUUCACCACCUUCUCUUCACUACCAUCCGUGCAGUUCUUUAGCCUGAAAACCUCAGUGAUUCUGAAAACUUGAGGCGUCUUAUCACCACCUCCCAAUACACUUACAGGCCAGCAACAGUUCCUGUUGCCAACAAAUAAGAAAAUCAGCCCCUCUCCUUUGUCGCCUCUGCUGUCACCGAGCCACAUGCUGGCGCCGCCCUAUCGCCCCUGCAAUCCAUUCUCCAUGCAGCCAGAGUGACCUUCUUGCCUAAAAACUCAUCAUGAAAGAUGAGCCAGAAGAGGCUGAGCUAAUUUUGCAUGAGGCACUUCGUCUUGCCGUUCAGAGUGAUAACAAGAAGGCCAUCAUUUACACUUAUGAUUUGAUGGCCAACUUAGCAUUUAUACGGGGUCAGCUUGAAAAUGCAGAAAAACUUUUUAAAGCAACAAUGAGUUACCUGCUUGGAGGGGGCAUGCAACAGGAAGACAAUGCAAUAAUUGAAAUCUCUCUAAAGUUGGCCAGUAUCUAUGCUGCUCAGAAUCGACAGGAAUUUGCUCUUGCUGGCUAUGAAUUCUGCAUUUCAACUCUAGAGGAAAAAAUUGAAAGAGAAAAGGAAUUAGCAGAAGACAUUUUGUCAGUGGAAGAGAAAGCCAACACCCGCCUCCUCCUCGGCAUGUGCUUAGAUGCUUAUGCUCGCUACCUUCUGUCCUCCAAGCAGCCAUCGCAGGCACAGAGGAUGUAUGAAAAAGCUCUGCAUAUUUCUGAAGAAAUACUAGGAGAAAGACACCCACAGACCAUUGUGCUAAUGAGUGACCUGGCUACCACCCUGGAUGCACAAGGCCACUUUGAUGAGGCCUGUGUGUACGUGCAGAGGGCGUCAGAUCUGGCAAGACAAGUAGGACAUCCUGAGCUGCACAUGGUGCUGAGUAACCUGGCUGCAGUUCUGAUGCACAGAGAACGAUAUGCACAAGCAAAAGAGAUCUACCAGGAAGCACUGAAGCAAGCAGAGCUCAAAAGAGAUGAGGUUUCAAUACAGCACAUCAGGAAAGAAUUGGCUGAGUUGUCCAGAAAAAGUAGACCUUUGACUUAAUCAAGCUCUGAAUCCCUUUUUGUUGUAGGAAAUUUCCCAGGAUCAGUGGCACCCAAAUCAAUGGCUUAAAUGAGCGAUUUUCAGCCUGUUUGUUGCAAGAAUUUUUAAAACAUGCAGUACCCGACUAGUCAGGGGCACUGACCUCUUUUCCCUUAGUUUGUUAAAUAAAAAAAGUUACAACAGCCAACACAACAGUAGCCGUCCAGUGUGAAUGAAUCAAAAUUAUACCUAUUACUUUGUCAGAUUGGCAAAAAAUAUAUUUUUUUGGUGUGCUGCAGAUUUUCACACUCAGUUUAUGUGCCACGAGAUGAAGAGUUGAAAAUCACUGGCUUAAACCCUUUGUCCUUGAUCCUCAAGUGUCCUCAGCUUAGCCUCUGUGCAGGACAGGUUAAACAUUGCACCUCCGCUUGUUUUUUACAGGAAAAGCAACUUUCACACCUGACUUUGACUUCUAAAGAUGUCAAGUAGUGUUUCAGUGUAGCAUACGUAGGUGCUCCAUGCAGGUCUAAUUGUAGAUUAACACUAGAAAGACUGAAAUUUAGUAUAUACCUAUAUUGCCCAAAAGCAGUCAAAAUGACUUGCAUUGUGAAAGAAUAAUAUCGGAGCACUCUUCACUUAGGUUCCUUAGCUUUUCCAAUAACUCACUUCUAUUCGACAUUUCUUUCAUGAAUUUAGGGUGCAAAAGAAAUAAAAUAAACAACUUAUUAGAACAAGUAUCACUGCAUAAAGAUUCGAAUAACAAGUACUAAUAGUUUAGCUUAUUGAGCAACUGCAACUUAUCAAGUAUCGACAAUUUAUCAUGUACUUGUAUGUUAUCAUGUGACGGUAAUCGAAAAAAAAUGAAAACUGUUAUUUCAAUACAGAGCCGAACUGGUCAUAUAAGAAAUUUACUCAAUUCAAUAAUAAGAGUCAUAAUUUCCCCAAGCAGUCAAAAUGACUGCUUUUGGGCGAUAUAGGUAUAACACAUAUAUAUAUACCGGAAAUGAAGGAGGGGGAGGUAACUACAAUUAUUAAUAAACGCAUUUAUAUGUUGUACAAAAAGUCACAAAAUUCUAAGACAUUGUGUCCUUAUAUACAUAAUUGUUUUUCUAAUUGAAAUGAAAAAGCAGUCAAAAUGACUUCCUUGGGCAAUCUAGUGUUAAGAUGGGUCAGUUUCCCCUGGGUGGGUGUAUAAUUCACACAGGCAUCUCUGCCAUAAGAACAAAUCACGGAGCAGCCACCUGCACCCAGAACCUCACCACAGGGUAGGCCCUACCGCAUUCCUGGGGUGCUGACAUGUACCAUAGGCCCAGCAGAGGAGUCGCAGGCCUGGACCCAACUCCUGGCUUUGGAAUGGGGUCUCGGUCCCCUCAUUUGUAAAGUAAAGGACAAAAGAGAUUCUUUCUUGGCCCCGGAAGAAGGUAUUUGGUCAAAUGAUCUAAAUGAAUAGAUUGCUGUGUUGAAAGAACUCUAUCAUUUUUCCUCUGUCUAGAAAGUGUAUACAGAUACUCUUCAACUCAUCAUGGGGUUAUGUCCUGAUAAACCCGUCAUAAAUUGAAAAUACCCUAAGUCAAAAACACAUUUAAUAUGCACCAGCCGGGUGGCUCAGUUGGCUGGAGUGUUGUCUCACGCACCCAAGUGUGCGGAUUCCAUUCCAGGUCAGGGCACAUACCUGGGUUGCAGGUUCCAUCCCCAGUUGGGGAGCUUUCAGGAGGCAACCAAUCAUUUUUUUUUUCUUUUUUGGGGGGGUGGGGGGAGGCAACCAAUCAAAGCUUCUCUUUCUGUCUCCCUUCCUCUCUAAAAUCAAUAAACAUAUCCUCGGCGAAGGUUUAAAAACAAGUAUUAAAAACACCUAACCUAGUAAAUAGUUUACCCUGCCAGUUUCUACUGAGUACCUAUCACUUUUGCACCUUCGUAAAAUUGAAAAAUUGUUAAGUCAAACCACUGAAAGUCGGACUGUCUAAAUACAAGAUGCAUAGAUGGGUGCUUUACCUUGCAAAGACCUGGUGGCCUUGGGGAAGGCAGUUUUUCUUCGCACCGUGAAGGAACACUUGUUACUGGUAUGCCUUUGGGGUGGGUUAUGAGUGGGAAUGAUAAACUAUGUUUUUGGUUCCUAUGUACAUACUGGAAGAAUCCUUUCAUAAUUACUCUACAACAAUAUUGUA